ACACUUAUUCCUACAUCUGACUGAAACCUUUGAUUAAUUCUCUGUAGCCGUUUCUAGUGAAGAAAGGUAGCCAUGGAAGAGAAUAUGGAAGAGGGACAAACACAAAAAGGUAUUGUGAUAAUUGCUUUGUUUGCAAAGAGAUAAUGAUUUUGCAGUUCCUUGUUUGCUUUAGCAGCAUGCUGUAAGGUUAGUGAAUGUCCUUAUGCGGUAGAUGGGAAAGAUUUCUUUCCUUUCUGUACUGCUUACAUUCAUUUGUCUCUCUGCAGUAACAAUUAGUAUUAAUAUAGUGAUUGUUGCAUUAUGUUUAAUAUUAAAGGGAUCUAAACUGUGAAUUUUACAUUUAUACUUAGAAUAUUGCAAGCAUUUAAUGCAGGCUGCUUCCCAGACCAGCCUUUGUUAGCCUUCAUUUAUUUCAUGUUUUCACGCUUGUCUAGCUGGGUCAAGGGAGCCGAGUGUGAACUAUGAGAGAGCUACUCACACAGUAUUUGAAGCUGGUUGCUGUUGGAUAUCUAACAAUGUAGCCAGUAUUUACACCUUGAAUGAGAGUCCAGACUGAACAAAGACAUGGGGGGUAUAUUUUGUAUAUAUAUUCAGGAAGCACUGAUAUCCUUCUCUGCAUUUUUUUUCUUUUCCUGCGCUAUAUGUUGAAGUAAUCUUACUAUUUCCACUGUACAGAUUUGGAUCCUGUUGAAUUUUGUUUUGCACCUAACAGCUGAAAUUGCUUUAGCAAGAUGUAUGCAGCAUGUUGUGAACAUCUCUUUUCUAAGGUUUCUGGAUAAGUUGAAAAUAAGAGAAUGCGUUAACACUUAAAGAUGCAACAGAAGAUAAUUGCUGACUGUUUAUUGAUUUCUGAAUCUCUGAAAAAUGCAGUGUUUAUGAAGUCCUUGCACUCAUUUUGUAAAAGGGACAUUACAGUAAAGGAAUCAAGGAGUUUUUCAUUUUACUGCAAGCACAAAGAAUAAUCCUGGGGAUAUUUGCCAUGUUAAAUCACGUAUACUCUUAAUUCUGUAUUUAUUGCCAUUUUUGAGGAGAAAUGAGGAACUCACCAAGUUUGUUAAUAUAAAUUACCUGCAAUGGCAUAUUUUUCUGAGUUGAUGCCAUAUUCUGUUUUCUGCUCCCUGAUCAAUUUGCUUGCUGCAUGUAAAUGUCAUGCUUUCUCAUUGUAAGUGACCCAUUUAGACUGAGUACAGCUUUGGAUUGUUUAUGGGUCUUCAUUUUGUCUAGAAACACACUACGUAAUCAUGAGAAGACUGAAGGAAGAUGGUGCUUUGAGUGUUGCAUCAAAUGCUUGGGAGGUAUUCCCUAUGCAUCUUUGAUUGCUACCAUACUGCUGUAUGCUGGUGUUGCACUGUUCUGUGGUUGUGGACAUGAAGCACUUUCAGGAACUGUCAACAUUCUGCAAACCUACUUUGAGAUGACAAGAACUGCAGGAGAUGUUAUUGAUGUCUUUACUAUGAUUGACAUCUUCAAGUACGUGAUAUAUGGUGUAGCAGCUGCAUUCUUCGUAUAUGGGAUUUUGCUGAUGGUGGAGGGAUUCUUUACAACUGGUGCCAUCAAAGAUCUCUACGGGGAUUUCAAAAUCACUACUUGCGGCAGAUGUGUCAGUGCCUGGUUUAUUAUGCUGACAUACAUCUUUAUGUUGGCUUGGCUUGGCGUUACAGCCUUCACUUCUCUGCCUGUUUACAUGUACUUCAAUCUGUGGACCAUUUGCCGAAAUGCCACCUUAGUGGAUGGAACUAAUCUCUGCUUGGAUCUUCGCCAGUAUGGUAUUGUAACAAUUGGAGAGGAAAAGAAGGUUUGUACCACAUCAGAAAGUUUCAUCAAGAUGUGUGACUCGAAUGAGCUAAACAUGACAUUCCACUUGUUCAUUGUGGCACUUGCUGGAGCAGGAGCAGCAGUCAUUGCUAUGGUCCAUUAUCUCAUGGUCUUGUCUGCCAACUGGGCCUAUGUGAAAGAUGCCUGCAGAAUGCAAAAAUAUGAGGAUAUUAAGUCAAAGGAGGAGCAAGAGCUUCAUGACAUUCAUUCUACUCGCUCUAAAGAGCGGCUCAAUGCUUACACAUAGAAGAAACCUUGUCUUACUUUCUAACACGUGAAUGCUUUGUCGUUUAACUAAAGGCCAUCCAACCAUUUCAAAAACAAUUGAAAGUGCUUCUCACAAAAGAUAGUUUGGGUGACUUACAUAUCACCCACGUGCAAUUCUUGGUUGUCUAGCACUUGGUUUCUAAAUUAGUUCUUUCUUUGUGUGAUCUUCUCUACCACAGAGCUCCUAAAUAGCCUUUCCUGAAUCCUUUUAAGCUAAUUAGUUCCGCUAGAUGAAGGAUACUAAACUAUUGUCAAAUACAAAUAUGUGUUUGAUUUUUUUAAUCACUUUGUAUGUGUUAUGCAUAACACCUUUUGCAUUGUUUCUUAUAUGUUUUUGAAAAAAAGGUAGCUUUUUAUACUUUUUAGUUUUGAGUUCAAUAACUACUUUAACUACAGGUAUACUUCAAAGGGACCAUUGUACAUGAUGUACAAUAUAUAAAGAAAACACUGAUGACUUUCCUUUAUAUUUGGAAAUCUUGCCAGACGGACCUUCAUCAAUUUGAAUGAAAGUCCUGAGAACGUUUUAAACGAUCAAAGGUGCAAUUUCUAAAUUUGUAAUAGUGGGUAAAAAAAAAAAAAAAAAAAAAAAAGGGGGAAAAAAAAAAGAAAAAAGAAAAAAGAAAAAAAAAGAAAAAAGUGCUUCUUAUCUUUGUUAACAUUGUAUUAUUAUUGAUGUUUUUAAAGAAUAUUCUCUUGUUCCAAGUUCCAUGGGUGAUAAUUCCUGUUUGUAUUGUGAGCAUGCCGACCGUGGUGCUAACAAUGCAUGGACACUUGCCUUUUGAAGGAGUUCAAUACCACGGUUACCUGUUAAAGAGUUAUGGUAUAUAGACAAUUGUUACUUAAGUGAUAUAGUUAUCCAUAGUUUUUUACAGAAUGAUCUCUCUUUAAUUCAAUGAUGGUUAUGCUAAAUUGGAGUUGUUCAUGUGAUGAUGUGAGAAAUUACUGCUUAGCUACAUUUAUGAAAGUAAUAUAUCAAAAAUACAGUGAUCGUAGGAAUCAGAAGUCUUUUUACCUGCUUUAAAAAUUUAAACGGAUUGCACCUGUCUGAACUGUACAAGAUAUAUUAAAGGAGACUUCCAUAAAUGUUGUAGCUUGGCUUCUAGCUUUCCUACGCAUAUUGGUUUACCUGUAUUAUGUUAAAGUUAGGUGAAAGACCACUACAGAGCUUAUUAUUUGAAAGUGUAGUAAUAUAUUUGAACAUUUAUUUUGAUAGGAAAAUUUUAUCAGAAAGAUAAGUCAUCUUAAUUUGAAAGAAUUUCCUGUAUCAAAAACAAAACCAACCAACCAACCAAACAAAAAAAACGCAACUUAAACUAAAUCAGUAUUAUCAGACCAAAUUUAGUGUUUUUUUUUUAAUUAAAUUUCUUUUUUGCCUAUUUCUAAUGCUACAAGAAUGCUGUAAAGUGUCUUUUAAAGUGAUGUAGCCUGACAAGACAUUUUUGUCAGUGUUAAAAACUUAGGUAGUUUGUGCACUUAUUGGACCAUUGUGAAUUCUCUCUCAGUGUAAGUGCAUUUCUAAUAAAACUUCUUGAGUAAAACUCUUCUUUGUACUAUUACUAGUCAUGCAUCAUCAGUAAUUUUUAACAAUUCUUGUAGUAAGUAGAGGGUAUUACUAUAGUUAUUUGUGUGGCAUGAUAAUGCAUUAAGUAGUAUUAGUUGAUUGAUUAUUUUUCUUUUGCUUUUUUUGGGGAUUUUUGGUUGUGGUUUUGAUUUGAGGUUUUGGUUUAAUUUCUGUUGCUUUUUUUUUCUUUUUUUCCAACUUUGUUUCUUUUUCUUUUUCUUUUUUUCUUUUUUUUACACUUAGACUGUCUUACAGGGUCAACGGUUUUCUCAUAAUGUGCAGUACCAGUAUUACAGUUCUGCAAAAAGUAAUAGGAACCUCUUUUGGAUUCUAUAUUGUAGUGUUUCAGUUUUGUGUCUUAAAACGUUUGUGCUGAUUUUUAAAACUAUGUCUUUUAAACUCAUGUAAUGAUGUUAAUGCUUUUGGCUCUUCUCUGGUAUUAGAGUUUGUAUUUUCACAAAGAAUGCUUUGUAGCAGGCAUUACAAUUAAUCUGUUUUGUACAUAAAUGUGCCAACAGCUUGAUGGUGGCGUUUUUGAAAUGUAGAACAAAGUGCUUGCAAAAAUGUAAUAAACACACUUGUGUACUUUGUGUACUUA